GGCGACUCGACGCGAUUCGAGGUCGCCAAGAUCGAACAAUGGCAGAGCGAACGAGCAAGCCAACAGCGACGCGCAAGGCGGUUGCGCCACGUAAUCUACCUGCGCUGGUCAUCGAGACGGACGAUGCGUCGACGCCGCCUGCCAGCACCACGCCGCCCACCGACGCGCCAGCCGCCAAGGCCAAAGAUGUCCAGCGCGACAAGCAUACGAGCAAAAAAGCCAACGACAAGAAAGAUCUUUGGCCAGAAGCGACUGUCCGCAAGCUCUUUGAGCUGCGUUACGACCCGAGCCAAGCGUCUCGCUUCAACUCCAAGUGCAAUAUGAUCAAGAACUACGCCAACGAGUGUCUCGCGGCCGAGCUCAGCGGCAUAGUCGAGCGCACGUUUACGGUCAAGCAAGUUAGCAACAAGAUGACGCGCCUGAAAGCAGCAUGGACCGACUACAAGACAUCAACGGCGAGCGACACCGAGCCAACUUUGCCGCCAGUGCACUUGGACAUCAUGGCCAAGUACUGGUCGGACACGCCUUGCGUGCAGCGCAAGCCCAAGACCAAUACUGCGACGGCGCCAGGCAGUGCGACGCCGCCAAGCAGCACAACCACAAAAACCUACAAGAAGAGAAAAAUCAAGCGAACGGAGACAGAGAGCAAGCCCGAGCCCGUCUACUGGUGCGAUGAUAGCGUGAGGAAGCUCUUGGAGCUGCGCUACGACCCAAGCCAAGCGUCUCAGUUCAACUCGACCAACAACAUGACCAAGAAGGGCGCAAAUCUGCGUCUGGCGGCCGAGCUGAGCCGACUCGUCGGUCGCACGUUUUCGGUCAAGCAAAUCAGCAACAAGAUCACGCGCUUGCGGACGACAUGGGCCGCCUACCAAGCUUCACUCCUCGAGUCGCCUGAGAGCCCCCCGGACCCCGACACGCUUCCCAUACACUUGGACGUUAUGAUGGCGUUCUGGUCGGACACGCCCAACGCGCAACUCGAGUCGUUGGCAUCGACAAACAAUGUCGACAAUAGCAACGGCGACAACGACCAGAGCUCCUCCGAAAGCGAAGAAGACGUCAUCCAGAAAAAACGCAAGACAAGUCAGUGCGACAAACGCAGUACCAAGAAGCCACGGUCCCCUCCCGAAGUCGUGAAAGCACGCGUCGCCAGCGUGCGCGACGAGUUGGUGCCGAUGGGCCAAACGGUUGCCGAGUCGCCCACCGCCACGCUUAUGAUGCCAGGCUCGGCCACCCUCGACGAUGUUCUCGGCGCCAUCAAGGCGCAAUCGACAUCAACCAAGCACGUACUGGAUGCUAUUCAAGCGCAGUCCGAGUCGACGAAACAUGUUCUGGACGCCAUCAAGACACAAUCCGAGCUGCUGGCACAAAUGAUUGCAGCUAUGCACAAGAAAUAAGUAUUUUAGGCUGUUCAUUAUUGAUGUAAUUGAGGAAGACCAAACCGCUUGACGAGAAAGCUUCUUCCUUGGGUCCUCGCUGCAAUAGUUACGCAAUUUUAAAUGUAAACUUGGUUUUUC